CAUGGCCAUCAAACCUGGCUCCUCUCUGGCCUGCAGGGAUAGGGCCAUUUUACAAGAUGGCUGCGGGUUAAAAAGGGCUUCUCUGCCUUAAGCACUGCUGGGCCAGUCUGGAGGAUCUCAGGGGACCCUUGUCCAUUUCUGGCAGAGCUGUGCCUUUUUGAUUGCUCUUGCAGAAAUUUGCAGAAAUUUGCCAUCCUCCUUGCACUCCUAAUUAAGAAAGGAGGCCUGAGUAGCCCUCAUUUCCUUUCCCCACUUCAAGACUGCUCAUAAAAAAUUACAAAGAGCUAGUCUAAACCCUGCAUGUUUCAGGCAUUAAGCAGAUAUAUUGGCCAAACUGGUUUGGAAUGACAAAAAAAUACUUCAACCGAAUUUGGAAGGCAACAGUUUGAGGAAUCCUUUGUGAUACAUUUUCCUUGGCUGCAAUAAUAUGUCUGUCUGUGAGGAUAUGCUUCUUUGCAAUUAUCGCAAAUGUCGAGUCAAGCUUUCAGGCUACGCGUGGGUCACGGCCUGCUCACAUAUCUUCUGUGACCAACAUGGCAGUGGAGAGUUCAGCCGAUCGCCAGCAGUCUGUCCAGCAUGCACCAGUGCCCUCUCUGGCAAGUUGGAUAUUGUUCGGACAGAGCUCAGUCCUUCGGAGGAAUAUAAAGCCAUGGUAUUAGCUGGAUUGCGUCCAGAAAUUAUUCUGGAUAUCAGCUCCAGGGCUUUGGCUUUCUGGACGUAUCAGGUCCAUCAAGAGCGCCUGUAUCAAGAAUAUACUUACAGCAAAGCAGAGGGCCAUCUGAAGCAAAUGGAGAAAGUCUACACUCAGCAACUCCAGAGCAAAGAUAUGGAGCUGACAUCUAUGAAGAGUGAAGUCUCUUCCUUAAAGAAAGUAUUGGAGGAAUACAAAAAGAAAUUCACUGAGCUGUCAGAGAAACUCAUGGAGCGUAAUCGUCAGUACCAAAAACUGCAGGGCUUGUAUGACAGCCUGAGAUUACGGAAUAUUGCUGUGGCCAAUCAGGAGGCAGGACAAGAGCCUGCCAUGAUGCCUCAGCCUGCUGUCUUUGGUUUCCCUCUGGGUAACGCUGCCAGAUACUCUCGGAACACUACACCUAUCCAGGGCCGGCAUGGUGAGGGGGACUUCCAUUUCAAGCCCUUCUUUGCCUCCUCUCCACCCAUGGGCGAGUCUGCCAACGGCUUCUUUUCCUUUGCCUCUCCUGACAAUGAUUUGGAACACCACGCAGGAGGCAACAGAGCGUAUAAAAUUAAGAGAAUGUAAAUCCUAAUGUGCAUUUCAGUUCAACUGCAGGAACUUCUAAAAACCCAGUUCAAUAUUUACAGGCCCGAGGUUUAAAACUAAACAAAAUCUCAACCCAAGAAACCAACUUUUUGUUACAUCAGUGAACGCCAAAUAUUUUCCAAGCCAUGUCAUAUGUUAAAGCAAGAGAGGGACACUUUGCAAAGUCAAUGUUUUUUGAACGGUUAGAUAGUAUACUGGGUUACCGUAGUUUACAUGAGCAUGAGUUUGUUACAGUAUACAGCUUGUCAUUGUUCCUCUAUAUAGCAACCUCCUUGCAAACACAACACUUCUGACACAUUUGCAGUGAUUUAAUUAUUGUGCAUUAUGAUGCAGUUUAAUUAGUGCUCAAACACUUAAUAAUUGCUUAUUGUAACAAGCUUGUUAUAAUGUUUUAAUCCACUGGUGACUGUUUUCAACUCUCACAUCUUAAAACAGCAU